UUGGGCAAUUGUGACCAAAAUUUGCCACCAAGAGAACAAGUGGCAAAAUUAGCAACCGAUUUGCCACCAAAAUUUAAAAAGGUCACGUACAACCCAUAUUCAGUAACAAAAUGGUGGCAAAAUUUGCUACCUUAAAUUUUCGGUAGCAAAUUAGUGGGAAACAUGAUAAAAACCAAGAAAAAAAUUAAUUAAAUGAAAAACACAUUAAAUUGUGACCGGAUUUAUGGUAGCAACUUGAAAAUCUAAUUUGGCAGGCCAAUUUUACGAAUCCCUGCAUCUCAAAUGUUAGGGUUUUUAUAAAGAUAACUCCUCUCUCCAACAUUUACUGCCCUACAUCGUACAGCUCCGAUCUCUUUUGAUCGUCAUGGUUACAGGCUCAUCAAAAUCUCUAACCCUAAACUCACUCCUAAUCCCGCUUCAUCAAAAUCUCUCUCCACCUCAGAUGAACCAGCCCCUCUACCACUGUUCGACUCGUUGCCGUUGACCAACCAAUGGACUACUACAGGUGCUACAAUGUACCAUUGGCCAACCUACUACUCUCUGCGGUUGCAAUUUGAAGUUAUGCCACUUUAAAGCUAACUCAUACACCAACUAUCCUACUCCUAAAUCUACAUCUAUGUCCACCAUGGGACUUAAACCCUCAACUAACCAACACACCUUAAUACCUCUGCUAGGCUACAAGCCCUUUGGUGGUUCUGGUUCUAUUGAAUCGAACUUUUAGAGCCAAUAUCAUACAUAUAAGCAGUAAAGGGGUUGACCCAAACACUAAUUUUCAAGGUUAGGAUCUGAUAAUUUUAGAGUUGUGAGAUUGAUGAGGAACAAGGUUACCACUUACCAAAAAGCUUGUUGCUAUGGUAGACGACAAGUACCAAUACUCGACUGUAACGAGUUUCGUAAUGGUGGCCUGGUCAAGCAAGACCUCACCUCUCAUGCUGGUCCUGUUACUGUCUUCAUGUUUCUAAACUCGGUUACAACAGAAGAAAGUCUCCUUUCCCUUUGGGAUGAUGUCAAAGAAGAGGAAGUAAGAUCAGAAUGGGUCUGCUUGUGCACAAACCACCAAGAAAUGGGCCUACAGUUUUGGAGAUUGGUGUCCCAGAUCGCACCGCUGUUAAUGAAAGGAAGAAAAGAAAAGGAUUGAAAAGUUGAACUUAGUUAUAAGGAGCUCAUUAAGGAAAAAGGAUGAAGAAAAAGAAAGAUUUAAUAGGAUUAUUGCGGGGUUGUUGGCUGGAAAAGAAAAAGAUAAGGUGGAUAAAGAUACUAUGCUCGAUAGGAUGUCACAAAUUGAAGCUAUGUUAACAAGUAGAAUUCGAAUAUAGGCUACAAACACUUGGUUUUAAAUGUUUUGAUGUUUAUCAUAUUAGGAUAAUUUUAGUUAUCUGAUGUUUUAGCUGGUAUUUCUAUUAGAAUGUUUUAUAUGCUUUUGAUACAGAGAUGUUUUAUAUAA